UAUACAAAAGCGUCAUUUUAAGUAUAUAAUCUCAAAAUAAAACUAUUAAAAACAUAAAUAUAACACAAAUUGUGUUAUUGCAUGAUUACUAACUAUUGGCAGUUAUUCAAUGAAUUUAUAUGUCUGUGUAUUAGUAAUAAGUAUUAGAUAUGUUAAUCGUAUAAGAUAAAAUCAUAUGGUUUAAGCAUAUUAGUCUAUAAAAUCUACAUAUAUAAAAUGUCACGUUUGUGUAAUUUACGAUUUUAUUCGAUUAUAAAAGAGGCUAAAUAUUCAACAAUUUUAAUAAGCAAUACAAAUGUAAAAAUAACAAAUAAAAUAAAAGCCAUACUGUAUCAAAAUAGUAGAGGUUAUGCCCAAUUUCAUUGGAAAUUUGAAAAAUAUAUUUAUCCAUUAUAUAGAUUUUUGGAUAUGCUUAAAUCCAAGGAAAUCCAUCCUUUAUUAACAAGAAUAAAAAUAUUAUCGAAUAAAUAUAAUAUUAAUUAUGAAAAAAGUAGUAAAAAAUUGGGAUUUCUAUUAAGUGGUAUUGGUAUAACUAUAACUCUUUGUGAAGCAAAAAAUUAUAGAGAUAAACAGUUUUUUCGGGCUGUAAAAUAUGGUAACAUUCCAGAAUUAAAAAGUAUUAUAAAAGAAGGCAUUGAUAUAAAUAUACGUCAUUUAUUGGGUUGGACAGCAUUACAUCUUGCUGCUAUUAAUUCACAACCAGAAGUUGUUAAACUUUUAUUAAAGUAUGGUGCUGAUGUUAAUGCUCAAGAUGAAUUUAUUAAUGUCUAUGGAAGUGCUAUAGAAAAAGGAUUACAUACUUUGGAUGUACUUAUGAUAAGAGAGGAAGAAUUUUGUGAUCAUUUGAAUAGUAGAGCUACAUUUAAAGGUUUUACUCCAUUACAUUAUGCUGUAUUAGCAGAUUCUAAGGCUUGUGUACAAGCUUUAUUAGAAGCAGGAGCUGAUCCAACAAUGAAAAAUGAAUCAGGACAUCGAGCAGUAGAAUAUGCUAAAGAUGGAGAACUCAAAGAAAUGCUUAUAAAACGUGCUAUAAAAUAUGAUGAAAUAAUGAAGGAAAAAGAAAUAGAAGAACGUCGUAGGUUUCCAUUAGAGCAACGUUUAAAACAAUACAUUGUUGGACAAGCUGGAGCAAUAUCUAUUGUUGCAUCUACUAUUAGAAGAAAAGAAAAUGGAUGGAUAGAUGAAAAACAUCCUCUAGUAUUUCUUUUUUUGGGUUCAUCAGGAAUUGGAAAAACUGAACUGGCUAAACAACUGGCUGCAUAUAUUCAUAAAAAUAAACAGGAAGGAUUUAUUCGAUUGGAUAUGUCUGAAUAUCAAGAAAAACAUGAAGUUGCUAAAUUGAUUGGUGCACCACCAGGAUAUGUAGGCCAUGAUGAUGGUGGACAAUUAACAAAACUUUUAAGAAAAUGUCCAAAUGCUGUUGUAUUAUUUGAUGAAGUUGAUAAAGCUCAUCCUGAUGUACUUACUGUCUUGUUACAAUUGUUUGAUGAAGGAAGACUUACCGAUGGUAAAGGUAAAACAAUCGAAUGUAAAAAUGCAAUUUUUGUAAUGACAUCUAAUUUAGCAAGCGAAGUAAUUGCUGAUCAUGCAGUACAACUUAGAGAAGAAGCUCAACGUGUUGAGAAAAAACAGGAUAUAAAUUGUGAUGUAGAAGAGGAUUCUGAACAAAUUGAAAUAUCUCGUAAAUUUAAAGAUGAAGUGGUAAGACCAAUAUUGAAAACACAUUUUGGUAGAGAUGAAUUUUUAGGCAGAAUAAAUGAGAUUGUAUAUUUUUUACCAUUUUCUCAAUCUGAACUUAUAAAAUUAGUUGCUAAAGAAUUGGAAGCUUGGGCAGAUCGUGCAAAGAAAAGACAUAAAAUAGAAUUGAAAUGGAAUAGAGAAGUUUUAUCAUUAUUGGCUGAAGGAUAUGAUACUCAUUAUGGAGCACGUUCUAUUAAGUAUGAAGUGGAAAGACGUGUUGUUAAUCAAUUAGCUGCGGCACAUGAACGAGGCCAACUUGAAAUAGGAUGUUGUGUAUUGGUGAAAGUCAAAUGGUAUAAAAAUGGUGCAAGUAUUGCGUUAUCAAUACGACGCAAAGGUGCAAAAGAUUUUGUUGAUCUUUCAACAGAUAAUUUAACAAAAAAUCUGAAUUCUGCAUUUUAAUAUUAUUUUAAAUAGACCUAUAAUUUCAUCAAAUGCAGAAAAUAUAUUAUAGUUUGAUCUCAUGGUAUAUAUAAAUAAAAAAUUUGAAAUAUUUUGUAUUAUUUAUUGUAGAAAAGAAAUAAUAUUUGUAAUAGUAAUAUAAAUUUAAUAAUAUGGCAUAAUUUGAAAUCCGUGACAAAACAAAAUGUAAAUAAAAACCAUAAGAUGUAUACUAUUCUUACAAAUGUUUAAAAUUUCUUUUAAAUUACAUUCUAUUUUUUUUUCUUUGUAUACAUAAUAAUAAAAAUAAUAAAAUAAAUGAUAUGAAAUAUAUAAUCUGACGGAAAUAAGUAAUUCUUUAUUUUAAAUUGAAUUAUGAGGAUACAUUACAAGAAAAUAUUGAUUACACUUCACAUUUAAGAUACAUUGUACAUUCUUUAAUAAGACAAGACAAAAUAUUCAGAAAACCAGUUGUGGAAACUAUUUCUCUGCCUUGCUUAUCAAUCAUCUUAAUACCUUAAAUUUCAUCUUAUUUUUCAAUUAUGUAUUUGUUUCUUUGCUUUGUUUCGAUCAUCUCAUAAUAUCUUAAAUUUCAUUUCAUUCUUCAAUUAUGUAUUUGUACAAUAAUCAUAGUCCCACUGCUAUCAUUAUAAAUAGAUCAAUCAUUAGAAAUAGAUAAAACGUUUCCGUUUAGUUUAAUCAUAUUAUGCAAGGCAAAUUCAGGUCCAACAACAGGGUGUCUAUUUAUGUAAAAAGUAGCUGAAUUAAUUAAUGUAUGUAUGAGAUCAUUUUUGAAAUCGGCGCAUGAAAAUUUGUGGUAGAAAUACGAUACAAAUAUGGUGUUUACAGAAUGUUUCGUUAUUUAUAGUGAAUGCAGAAACACGAAAUUUAUAUAGUCAUUACGUAUCGUCACAACUAUUACAAGUAUGUUGGAAUGUUAAAAGCGUGUACUGUAUUAGACACCCAAAAUGAUUGUUUUAAGACAAUAGUAUACAUAUAAGAACAUCUUUAUAUAUAUAUAUAUAUACCUUUUAAUAUAAAUACUACGUAUCAUCGAAGACACGCGGAAUAUAUAUGUAUAAUAGAAAUACUGUUAAGUAUAAGUUAAGCGUACGAUUCGGACCACGCUAGUUAAUUAAGCGUUUCUUCCCAUCAAACUUUCUCUCUAUUUUUCCAAUUGUUACGUUUCACGUAGUUAUAUAUCAUUAUAUUUUUAUAUAACAUAUAUUUAUACUUAUAUUAUACUUAAUGAUAAUCAACAUAUAAUUUUUAUUUUUUCUUUUCAUCAGGUAACACUUUUCUCAGCUAACGAAUCAAAAACAUUUAAUCGCUGUAGUACACGAGUAUGAAUCUAAAAUAUUUAUUAAUACGGCAGGUUCCUUAAUCGAACUCUUUUUUUUUAAAAUUAACAUUAAAUAGAUCUAAGCUCUGGAAUUUUCAAAAUUAUCAGUAUAUAUGAUAUGAU